AAAUAGUGGACUGGGACCAGAAUGGAGGCUGCAGAGCCUUGUCACAUCUUCCUGGAAGUAGGAGCGACCGAUCCAGUUAACUUGGCUUCAAAAGGAGCCCCAGGGCUGUCACACUGAGAAAAGAAGGAAAAGGGGAAAAACAACUGCACCACAUGUGAAUAUAAAGAAGAGAACUCGAGCAAUUGCACCAUCACCGGAUGGAAGAGCCCAGCUGUCACAGCCUACUCGAAGGAGCUUUGCCUUUACUCCUUGUACUUGACGAAAGCCUCAACUUAAAAAAGGGCUUUGUGCUUGUUAAACAACUGCUCUACUAUUUAGAAAUGCUCCGGAUCCUCUUUCAACUUGUUCUUUUGAGGGCUAUAGGAGUCUGUGAAAGGAGGCAGGUACCAGCCUUGGUCUGUUUUGGUAACUGUAUAUUUGCAUAGGAAAAUAUGAAGAAAUAAAGAAGUACCUAUGAAGAACAUGUUAUUUAGUACUCUGUUCUGAUAGCUACAGAAGACACUGAGAAGUCCCUGUAAUGAUGACGACUACUUCAGCUGACAGCUGGCCCUGUUCCUCCUAUGGAAUGCACUUUAUAACUAAUUACAGUGAGCAAGCCUCACAAAAUUUCUCAGGAAUGCCAAAUAUUACUAGCUGUCCAAUGGAUGAAAAACAACUAUCUAUGGUGUUAGCAACCUUCUACUCUGUUAUUUUCAUCGUGGGACUGGUUGGGAACAUCAUUGCCCUCUAUGUAUUUCUGGGCAUCCACCGCAAAAGAAAUUCCAUUCAAAUUUAUCUACUUAACGUGGCCAUUGCAGACCUUCUACUCAUCUUCUGCCUCCCUUUCCGCAUAAUGUAUCACAUCAACCAAAAUAAAUGGACACUAGGUGUGAUUCUUUGCAAGGUUGUGGGGACACUAUUUUACAUGAACAUGUACAUUAGCAUUAUUUUGCUUGGGUUUAUCAGUUUGGAUCGCUAUGUAAAAAUUAAUCGGUCUAUACAACAAAGGAGGGCAAUAUCCACCAAGCAGAGUAUUUAUGUUUGCUGUAUAGUAUGGACAGUUGCUCUUGCUGGAUUUUUAACUAUGAUCAUUUUGACGCUGAAGAAAGGAGGGCACAAUUCCACAAUGUGUUUCCAUUACAGAGAUAGGCAUAAUGCAAAGGGAGAAGCAAUUUUUAACUAUGUUCUUGUGGUAAUGUUCUGGCUUAUUUUCCUAUUGAUAAUCCUCUCCUAUAUGAAGAUUGGCAAGAAUCUACUGAGGAUUUCUAAAAAGAGGUCAAGAUUUCCUAAUUCUGGCAAAUAUGCCACAACAGCCCGGAACUCCUUUAUCGUACUGAUCAUUUUUACUAUAUGUUUUGUGCCUUAUCAUGCCUUUCGAUUCAUCUACAUUUCUUCACAGCUAAACAUGUCUUCUUGCUACUGGAAGGAAAUCAUUCACAAAACCAAUGAGAUCAUGCUGGUUCUCUCCUCUUUCAACAGCUGCUUAGACCCAGUCAUGUAUUUCCUGAUGUCCAGUAAUAUUCGCAAAAUCAUGUGUCAACUUCUCUUGAGGAGAUUUCAGAGUGAAGCAAGCAGGAGUGAGAGCACUUCAGAAUUUAAGCCAGGCUAUUCCCUGCACGAUCUAUCUGCGGCAGCCAAAACUCAGUGCAAUACUAAGGGUAACUGAGGCAAAUGUACUUAAUGAAAUGACGACGUAAGCGAGCGUCUUCUUUCCUGAGAUCAGUAAAAUUAUAGAACAAAGCCCUAGCAUGUCCCAAACCCUGGUCUUUACAAGUGAUCUUUCACUUGCUUACAUUAUAAAAUAGUUCAAGGCAAAGAGAAAAGCUUACAUUUGUCCCUAGAUUUUAGAACUAUAUGUAGAAUCUUCUCAGAAUAUAAUGUUAAGCUAACACCUUUAACAAUGUUUAUAAAGUUAAGUGAAGUUCAUGGAUUUAACAACAAAAUGAAUGAAGUGUCAUUGUUUUCCAUGUCACUAAAGAGUUAAUAAAAAUUAGACACUUGAUACUAAUUUUAAAUAUGUUUAAAAAUAAAUCAAUUUGGGCACUGUGUUGAAAUGUCAAAAAAAUACGUCUGUUACUUCAAAAGUGAAUAUUUGCUGUAUUCAUUUAUGUUUAAAUCUCUGCUAACAAAUGAAUUAAUAAAAUUCU